ACCAAAACGCAGACACAAUGACGGAGGCGGAGGCGUUGGAGAAGAAACAGCAGCAGCACAAGGCGAGCAACGGAAAUGUUCUUCCAGAGGCCCCCAGAGAAGACAUGUUUGAUCACACAUACAAAGAGAAAGAAGGCCCCAAACCUCCCUCGGUCAUCGUAUGGAGAAAUGUCUUUUUGAUGACUCUGUUGCAUAUAGGAGCCGCGUACGGAAUAUGCCUCGUCCCCUCAGCAUCUACUUUGACCUUGCUUUGGUCCGUACUUUGUUUUGUGUUAAGUGCUUUAGGAGUUACUGCAGGAGCUCAUCGCCUCUGGAGUCACAGAUCCUACAAGGCCUCAUUACCUCUAAAGAUCUUUCUUGGCGUUGCGAACUCAAUGGCAUUUCAGAAUGAUAUCUAUGAGUGGGCUCGAGACCACAGGGUUCACCACAAAUAUUCCGAGACGGAUGCUGACCCUCACAACGCCGUCCGGGGGUUCUUCUUCUCUCACAUUGGCUGGCUGAUGGUCCGCAAACACCCUGAUGUCCUCGAGAAGGGACGCAAGCUGGAAGUCCAUGACCUGUUGGCCGACAAAGUUGUAAUGUUUCAAAAGAAGUAUUACAAGGCUUCUGUGCUGCUCAUGUGCUUCUUCGUCCCCAUGAUUGUGCCUUGGUACCUGUGGGGGGAGUCUCUGUGGGUGGCCUACUUCGUCCCCGCUCUCCUGAGGUACACCUUGGUCCUGAAUGCCACCUGGCUGGUGAACAGCGCAGCUCACAUGUGGGGAAACAGGCCCUAUGAUCACCACAUCAACCCCAGGGAGAACAAGUUUGUUGCGUUCAGUGCCCUAGGAGAGGGAUUCCACAACUACCACCACACGUUCCCCUUUGACUAUGCAACCAGUGAGUUUGGCAUCAAAUGGAACAUUACCACUUGUUUCAUCGACACCAUGUGCUUCUUGGGCCUGGCCAAAGACCGCAAGAGGGUGUCCCACGAGGUGGUGGCGUCCCGGAUACAGCGCACCGGAGACGGAAGCCCCCGGAGUGGCUAGGAUCGUCGAGUCACGGUCAGCUUCGAAGGCAGAACAACCGAAAAGAAGAAGAAGCUUCACAGUCCUUUGACAGCUAUACAUUUCUCAUCCUUUGAGGAUAAUAGGUCAUCGUCAUGAGGGCCCUGACCACAUUUUGCUUGUUUUUGUGGUUUUUGUAGCUGUAACUUAACAAAUUGUUCAAGAUGGAUAAAAAAAAAAAAACACCUUUCGCUAAGCUCUUGGCCUUGGUUUCUAUUGUUCAGUCAGACCAAGGUCUUGCAAAGAUGUUUUAGAUUUGAAGUAGAUACAUUUUCAACUUCAUUCUCUGCUGUUUUCGCCACUUUGGUGUGCAUCCUUCAUUCAAGAUCAGUCAUGUAGCCAAUCAUUUUUAUGUAAGUAUUACUCAAAUAUUAAUCAAAAAUAGACAAGACGUGGAGCACUGAAAAUAUGGAGUUACAAUGUUUCAACCGAUAAGAUACUGAUUGGAGGCUGUUUUCUGUACUGCAGUGUACAGCCAGUUUUUACCAUUCUGAUAUACAGUUAGCUAACUUUUUGAGCGCUUUAAAGAUCUGGAAAAAAAGGGAUGAGAUUUUGAAUCGUAUUUGCUAAAAAGCAGCUUGCUUUAAUGAAAUAUGGCACAUGAUGGAAGAGUGAGGGAACCCAGACCUUCUUAUUAUAACUAUACUAACAGCAGAGUCAUGCAGUACGUAACCUGGUUUUCUGAUGCAGAAAACCAAACCAAAUAUGUGGAAAGUCAAAGAUUAAAACGUACUGUAUUUAGUCUGUACAGUAAUUGGAUCGAGAAAGACAAUAUAAGCGAGACAUUUAUCAUUAUAUUAAAACUGCCAUUGAAUCAUAACGGUAAAUGAUAAAUGUACUUAGAACCAUGCUAUGUUUAAGCAACUUUUUGUGUUUUUUUAAUGAAUAUAUCAUAGUGCCAAGAGCGUGCCAAUUGUCGACAUAUUUAUAACAAUCUCAACGGUCCAAUAGAGCACACCUGAGUCGAUAUUGCUUCUUCACUCAACAUCAUUGUGGAAGUUUUUUAACAUUGUGGCAUCAGUGGCUUUGCUUCCUCUUUUUAUCCAACACGCCCCCAUUUUGUCCAGAAACAUCUGCAGCAGCGAUCUCAUUGGUCGAUGUAGCAGCCAGUCAUGUGACAGUUCUGGUGUUACAAAACAACAUGCCACCCAUGCAUGAUGAUAUACUGUAGUAGGUGUUGUGGUAAAGAUGUUUUAUCGGUGACUGUAAUGGCAGAGCUUUGUCUAUUUUUGUAACGUACUGUAGAGCUGCAUCGCUUUUUGGAUCAUCAGAACUGUUGCCGUGGUGAUUUCUGAGAUGGGGUCUGGUUUCCCUUUGAUGUCCUACAAAGCUAAUUGUCAUUGCUAAAUUUCUGAUGCAUUGAUGUUAAUGCUCAUUUUCAAUUCUGGUGUGCGGAAUGCUUUUGUUACCUUUUUUAUUUAUGUAUUUAUUUAGUUAUUUUCCCCUUUAUUGGCUAAAUUUUGUUUCCAAAAUGUUCUAACUUGAACCUGUUUAAUGCACUCCAAGAUUUGGCAGAAAAAUAUAUCAAAUUUGAGCACCCAUUUAAUUUUUCCCUAAGAGUCAGGAAACAACCUAAUGCCUUAUGACUUGCAUCCAUUCCUGAUCUUCUUCACGUCCUGUCAGUGAAGACAAAAAGGCUCAAAACAAAUCUAACAGAGGUCCAUGUUUACAGGCUGAAGCCCCCGAUGGAACGUUGUUUUUAUUCUGAAAACACAUUUACGUUAGGCAAAGGGUAGAAUGACAACAUCAAAGUGCUGUAAACGCAAAUGGAGGUUUAUAUUAGAAGAUACAAUUUCUAACGCCCAGUGCAAAUGUUCAAUCAUUUGAUUUAACUUGCAACAAAUGGGCCCUGAUGUGCCAACUCGAUCCAACCCGUGACGGCAUCUCUGUAAACGGAGGUGCUCCUGUCAUGAGGGAUGUUAAAGCAUCAUCAGAGCACUUAACAAAACCCGACAAUAUCACAGCCAUGCCAACAACUCCUGCUGCCCAGAAGGUUCAAAAAGUUGUCAGUCUGAAUGAUAAUGUCAAAUCUCAACUGUAUUCUAUUCUGAAAUAAAAGUUCACGAUAUUUUCAAUACACGUAAUUCCAUUAA